AUGUCCAAAGCUGAGAAAGGACUGAAACCGGGUAUUAUUAUCAAACUCUCUUGUGAAACUGUUCAAAAGUUAUCUGAAGACGAACAAAGUGUAAAUGACAACGAAAAAAGCUCAACGUCAAAUUUUGAUGUUCAAAAGCAGAUUGGUGAUGAUCAUAAAGAUAUUACAAAAAAUCAUAGAUUGCCAUUAGUUAGUAAAGAGGUUAAACAAAGUAUCAUUUUGGAACCAAAUGCAAAGAACAAUCAAGACAUAACCUUAACAAAUGAUAAUCUAAAAAGUUUUGAGUCUUGGGGUGAGUAUGCCCCUUACAUUACAUAUGAAGACGAAGAAGCGUUUUAUACUGAUCCCAAUACACACAAAAAAUACAAAUGGAAUAAAUCAAGUAAUAUAUGGGAUCCCCAAGCAGAAAAUGAGGUGCCUGGUAGAGAGUAUAGCUAUGAAGAUGAUACCCAUGUUUACACAGAUUCUGAUGGAUCAAAAUUCUUCUGGGAUGCCGUAAAGAAAGCAUGGAUACCUAAAGUUGAUGAUGACUUUCUUGCUUUAUAUCAAAUGUCAUACGGUUUUGUAGACAAUGUUAAACCUAAAGAUGUUCUUGAAGAAAAACCUAAAACUGAAAAGAAACAGGAGGCUAACUUAAAAAGGAAAAAUGAACCACAGUGGUUUGAACCAUCCGAUCAAAAUAACACAAAAGUCUACGUCUCCAAUUUACCAUUAGAUACUACAGAAGAUGAAUUUGUUGACCUAAUGCAAAAAUGUGGUCUUGUUGAACGAGAUCCCGGCACACAGAAAAUGAAAAUUAAGCUCUAUAUGGACAAAGAACAAAGCUGCUUUAAAGGAGAUGCUCUUUGCACAUACAUAAAAAUUGAAUCUGUUAAUUUAGCUUUGAGCUUACUUGAUGGCUGUGAUUUUAAAGGUAACAAAAUAAAGGUUGAGAAAGCUCAUUUUCAAUUGAAAGGUGAAUAUAACCCAGCAUUGAAACCUAAAAAGAAAAGGAAAAAAGAACUUGAGAAAAUUAAGAAAAUGCAACAAAAAUUGUUUGAUUGGAGGCCAGAAAAAAUUGUUGGAGAACGCUCUAAGCAUGAAAGAGUUGUGAUUGUUAAAAAUCUUUUUCAUCCCUCUGACUUCGAUAAUGAAGUUCAGUUGAUACUUGACUAUCAACAAGACUUGCGAGAAGAGUGUGGUAAAUGUGGUGAUGUCAGAAAGGUUGUAAUCUAUGAUCGACAUCCUGAGGGGGUUGCCCAGAUAACUAUGAAGGAACCCGAACAUGCAGAUGCUGUUAUACAACUUAUUAAUGGCAGAUGGUUUGGCAAACGGCAAAUAACUGCUGAGAUAUGGGAUGGCAGAACUAAAUACAAAAUUGCCGAGACAGAUGCAGAUAUAAGUAAAAGGAUAGACAAGUGGGAUAAAUUCUUGGAGCAGGGAGAAAAGGAUUGUAAAGAUGUGGGUAAGAAAAUCCAAAUUGAAGAUUCAUCGGAAAAAAGUUGUAUAAAAGAGUAA